UCCAAGAGCUCUCUGACGGAAGUUCGUUCCAACGUUCGAAGAUUCGUGGAGAAUGUCGUGACCAAACUGCAGCUGCGGGAAUUCGCUGCACGUUGUAGGACAGCGUCGUGGAAUCCUGUGCUGCCCUAACGCAGCACCUCUCGAGGUUGCAUCGUGCCCAGCAUCGGGUCGUCUCGCAGUCGAGGAGGAUGUGUUUCUCUUCUCGCCGAAUUUGAAUCAGAGAUUUUAUAUUUUUUUAGAGCUCGCUUGGUCAUGCGAAUUCGUACAUUUUUUUCAUGCGCUUCACGUGAAUUUUGAGCUCAGGAAGCCGCAGCUAUGGCCUCUGGGAAGAGGAAAAUAGAGAAUGGGGCGGACGCAAUGAGCUCUCCUCUGAAGCAGGCGAGAGCUGACUCUUCCGCCGCUGCCGAGUUGAAGACAGCAGAUGAAUUGUCCGCUCCCUUGGUAGAUGGAGCCGGGGGCGACUCAAUCACUUGCCUUCAUGAAGUCUCGUACCCGGAGAAUUAUGAGAUGCCAGAAAAGGCCGAACCCUUGCUCAACAAGAAACCUGCUAAAGAGUACCCUUUUACCCUUGAUCCUUUUCAGCGGGAAGCCAUCAAGUGUCUGGAGGCUGGCGAGUCGGUGUUGGUCUCUGCACAUACGUCUGCCGGAAAAACUGUUGUUGCUGAGUAUGCCAUUGCAAUGUCACUUCGUGACAAGCAGCGUGUUGUAUAUACCUCACCUAUCAAAGCCCUCAGUAACCAAAAGUUUCGAGAAAUGACGGAGGAAUUUUCUGAUGUGGGGCUGAUGACCGGGGAUGUCACAAUUGCACCGAAUGCGUCAUGCUUGGUCAUGACUACGGAGAUUUUGAGGAGUAUGCAAUACAGGGGCUCUGAGGUGAUGAGGGAGGUGGCCUGGAUUAUCUUUGACGAAGUGCAUUACAUGCGCGAUCGGGAACGUGGUGUUGUCUGGGAGGAGAGUAUCGUCAUGGCACCAAAAAAUGCUCGCUUUGUCUUCUUAUCCGCUACUGUGCCCAAUGCUAGGGAGUUUUCUGAAUGGGUUGCUAAGGUUCACAAACAGCCAUGUCACAUAGUCUAUACUGACUAUCGACCUACACCGCUUCAACAUUAUGUGUUCCCCAUGGGUGGAGAUGGUCUUUAUCUUGUUGUUGAUGAGAAGAGCACGUUCCGAGAGGAUAGUUUUCAGAAAGCUGUCAAUGCUGUCUCUGAGACCCCCAACAAGGAGACUGGCAAGUGGCAGAAGGGUCCUACCAGAGGCAAGGAGACUGCCGGACCAAGUGAUAUUUUCAAAAUAGUGAAAAUGAUCAUGCAGCGUCAGUACGAUCCAGUGAUUGUCUUUAGUUUCAGUAAGAGGGAUUGUGAAGUCCAAGCAAUGCAGAUGGAAAAAUUGGACUUAAAUAAUGACGAUGAGAAGAAGUUAGUCGAUCAAAUUUUCUGGAGCGCGAUGGAUUGUUUAUCUGAAGACGACAAGAAACUUCCACAGGUCUCUAAGCUCUUGCCUUGGCUGAAGCAAGGAAUCGGAGUGCACCAUUCUGGAUUGCUACCCAUUUUGAAAGAAGUUAUUGAAAUUCUUUUUCAGGAGGGCCUAGUGAAGUGUUUGUUUGCCACAGAGACUUUCAGUAUAGGGCUGAACAUGCCGGCAAAGACGGUCGUCUUUACUGGUGUUAGGAAAUUUGACGGUGAUAAAUUCCGGUGGCUUUCUGGUGGAGAGUACAUCCAAAUGAGUGGACGUGCCGGUCGUCGUGGUUUGGAUGACCGUGGUAUUUGUAUUCUUAUGCUUGAUGAAAAGCUUGAGCCACCGGUUGCCAAGGCCAUGGUGAAGGGUUCAGCUGAUCCGUUGAAUAGUGCUUUCCAUCUGAGCUAUAAUAUGCUGAUAAAUCAAAUGCGUUCGGAGGAAAGUGAUCCCGAAGCGUUGCUGAGGCAAUCCUUUUUCCAGUUUCAGGCUGAUCGCGCUCUUCCGAAGCUCGAGAAACGCUUGAAAGAGUUAGAAGAAGAAAGGAACUCGCUCGUUAUCGAGGGUGAGGAGGAGCUCAAGUCCUACUUUGCGUUGAUAGAGCAAUGGAGAGAGAUGAAAAGCAGCAUUCGAGACAUCGCAUUUGCUCCACGCUAUGCUUUACCAUUCCUUCAGCCAGGCCGGAUUGUAAGAGUUUUGAGUGAUGAAGAUAAUGACGAUGAAGAACUCUCGAUUGGCACAACGAUAAAGGGUUACUGGGGUGUGAUUGUGAAUUUCGAGAAAGUUGCAACUGCGACGAAAGACUUUGUGGAGGAAGAAGAUGGACGCAGUGCACCUGAGCCAAAGUACAUGGUCGAUGUUCUUAUAAACAGCGUCACCAAGGAUGAAAAUUCCCGUCGUAAAACUGCCCGUCCUGUCGCGAUGGACAGUCCGGGAGAGCCAGUUGUGACUGCUGUUCCUCUCUCACAGCUGGAGAGUCUAAGCGCUGUUCGUAUAUACAUUCCUAAGGAUCUACGGCCAAUAGAAGCUCGGGAAAAAUGCAAGAAAACCGUUUUGGAGGUUCUGCGUCGUUUUCCUGAUGGAAUUCAAUUACUUGAUCCCGAGGAUGACAUGCAGGUGGAUAGCAAAGCGUACAAGAAGGUGACGAGACGACUUGAAGCUGUCGAGAAAAUGAUCGCAGAUCACCCUGUUGCCUCUUCACCAUCCAUAACUUCAAGGCUGAAGAUAUUGCAGAAGAAGAACAAACUGACGUUAUCUAUUCGAGCCGCUCGCACUGAGGUUCGAGCUGCAUCAACGCUUGUCUUCAAAGAUGAGCUCAAGUCACGCAGGCGGGUCCUUAGAAAACUCGGGUAUGCAACUGUGGAUGGAGUGGUGGAGAUGAAGGGACGAGUGGCGUGUGAAAUAAGCAGUGCCGAUGAAAUUGUUCUUACGGAACUCAUAUUUGGUGGAAACUUCAAAGAACUUUCUUCAGAGCAACUUGUGGCGGUACUUUCUUGCUUUGUUUGGCAAGAAAAGAGCAAAAAUGCACCCAAACUUCGUGAGGACUUGUCUGGUCCAUACACACAACUUAGAGAUGUGGCACGAAGGGUGGGAAAAGCCCAACUGGAUUCCAAGAUGUCAAUCGAUGUAGAGCUGUACGUUACCUCAUUUCGCCCAGAUAUUAUGGAAGUGGCAUAUGCAUGGGCCUCUGGCGCGAAGUUUUCAGAAAUCAUGAAGAUGACAGAUACCUUCGAAGGAAGCUUAAUUCGUGCUUUUAAAAGACUAGAGGAGGUCCUACAACAGCUCAUAGUGGCAUCCAGAUCCAUCGGAGCAACAGAGCUGGAAACGAAGUUUGAGGACGCAGUCGUGAAGAUAAAAAGAGACAUUGUGUUCGCAGCGUCACUUUAUCUAUAAGGCUAGCCUUUGACUCUCAGGUGUUUUACGAGGUGAAGUAUUACCCGUCACCGUUUCUGCCUCUAGAGAAGGAGGUUUAGUGUUCUGGAUCGAUGAAUCCUUUCCCACCCAUAGAUUUCUGCAAGUCGUGUAGGAGCAAUUAUUGGAAUCACUAGGAAGGCUGCUUAAAACAUGCGAACUAGACUGGUGCAAACUGUACGACGUUGCUUUCCUAUCUUCGAGGUGGGUUUAGAAGACGAGAAUCGGCGAAAGGACGGGGCGGACGUCGAUUGGAAGGAAGUGAUGACCUAGUCAUCGUGGAGGUGUUUAACUUUAGACCGGAGAACACAGCUGGUCUAACUUUAAACAUUUCCUUGUAGUCAGGUUAUAGAUUUGCUUUGUGAUCAGAGCAAGUCUCAGUUUUGACCCAUAUUUUUAGUAGACGACGCUCUUGAGGAGUUCAACAGCGAUAGCAAUUUGUUGUAAGAUAUAUUUUCUCUGAAAUGCCUUGAUUUUUGAGAAUAUUUAUCAACACGCAUCCCGAUCCUGAUGUAGAAGGAAAACUCGAAAGUCUCUUUUAAGUGGCCGUCUGGAUGAGCUGUGUCCGUGUCGAUUC